AUGCCAGCCGACGACUACACCUCAAUACGAGGGGGUGGUGCUCUCAAGCUUAAAGGUGGAAAAGUGCAAAAGGCAAAGAAGAAAAAGAAGACCAAAGCUGCAAGCCCCGAGCGCUCCCUCUCCAUUGCGGACGAGUCUAGCGUUAUAGAGGCCGAAAAGAUUCAACGAGGCGAUGGCAAAGACGAAGAGGAUACCAAAGUAGUCGAACACAAAACCGAGGCUGAGAGACGACAUGAAGAAGCUAAUAGAAAGAAGAUGUUAAAGAUGCUAGAGGAUCCUAAGGUUGCCUCCGAAUUUCGUAAGACCCAUAAGGAGAGAGUCGAGGGCCUCAAUACCUACCUCUCCAAAUUAAGCGAACAUCACGACAUGCCCAAGAUAGGCCCCGGAUAA